AUGCUCGUCGUGAAGGAAAACAUCGUCGUGUCGCUUCGAGAUCUCACCGCUGCAAUCAACUGCUUCCCGAACCUCUCUCAUCUGCACCUCGGCGACAACAGCGCGGAGACAAUUAACGACGCGUUUCUAGAUUUCAUCGCGUCGGCAUGCCCGAAACUUGUGUCGCUGCACGUGGGGAGAGAUAUCGCGCCGAGGUGGGACUGGGAGCGCGAGGACGAGCAUCCCGUGACCGAAGCCGGUCUGGAUCGUUUCCUGCGUCGCUGCACUCAGCUGCAACACCUCUCGCUCUACUGUCUGCAUCGAGACGGCAGGCUGCCGAAUUCGCUUUCGCUCCUCACGAGUCUACGCACCCUCGCUCUCACCGAGGGAUCGCCUCUCGAGGCUCCAGGAUUCCCGGCAUUGUCCUCUCUCACCGCCCUCUCCGUCGACAUUCCAGAACCGGAAGAUUUUAAUCUCGCGGUCCUCGCGCAUCUCCCGGCGUUCACCACGCUCGCGUUGUUUGACGAGACAUGGCUGAAACUCGAAGGCACCGGUUCUCACCCCUUUCCAUUCGACCAGCUGCCUUCUCUGAAAGCUGUGGAGUUCGACGCCAACAGUCCGCGAUUCGAGUUGAUGUUUCCGUCGGAAGCCUCGUGUAGCCGUCUCGAGCGGCUGCUUCUCAAAGACUGUGACGAUUUGGACCGUCUCCCUGACGACAUAGGAGAGCGGUUGCCACGCAUUCGGCAUCUGAGCAUCCUCGGAUGCAAGAAUUUUUCCGAGCUACCCGAGCAGUUCGCUUCUCUAAGCUGCCUGCGUGAGCUGACGAUUUCCUCGUGCAGCAUGGUCAACCUGCCCGAAAACAUUGGAGAGCUGCCCUUUUUAAAAGUGCUGACGCUGAACCUUCUGCCAAUCUCGAGUCUUCCGGAUUCAUUCUAUCAACUGACGUCUCUGGAAACCCUAAUCCUGUCCCACUGCAACGCACUUUUCGAGCUGCCUGCUAGUUUCGGUUUCCUCACCGCACUCAACUCCCUCUCAAUCCUCAACUCGCCGUACCUGAAGCUCCCAGACGACAUAGGCUCACUCACCAACCUCCACACCUUCCGUCUGACAGAGAAUUUCCCCCAGCAGCUGCUUCCAUCCUCGUUCACACAGCUCUCCUCCCUCACAAGGCUUGAUCUCAUUCAAUGUAUGAUCCUCUCCAUAGGAAGCUUCCAGCGGCUCACCCCUCUGCUGGAAAUCCCUUCUCUGCCUAGGCUGAGAAAGCUGAGCUUGACUAGCGUUGGGCUCAUGCGUGGGGUGGCAGCCGGCGUGACGCUCUCUUGUCUGGAGGAAUUAGAGCUGAGGCUGGUAGUAGAGGCAGAGGAGCUCCCGUUGCCUCUGGAGCUGCUUGCUAACCUCCGCAGCUUGACUAUCCACAGCAUUGGACGCAUGGAGAAGCUUCCGGAAGGGUUAGGAUCGGCGUUGAGGCAGCUGAGGCGGCUGCAGAUACACCAGGCUGCGGAUUUAACGGAUUUGACGGAUACAUUCACGGAGCUUCAAUCCCUGACGUCUGUAGAGAUCCAUGCACCGAAAAUUUCCUCUCUUCCGGACGGCAUCGGGGCGUUGUCUCGGCUGCGGCAGCUGAAUCUUGAAAACUGCUCAUCGCUCACCGAGCUCCCUGCUUCUCUCACGCAACUUUCCUGCCUGCAUGAGUUGAACCUCCGCUUCACGCCCAUACGCUCCCUGCCGUACCAAUUCGGACAGAUAAGCCGGUUGAAGGAGCUUAGUCUGGAUGGGUGUAAGCAGCUGUUUUCUCUGUCUGACGAUUUCACCCAGCUCAAGAUGCUUCAAAACUUGUCUUUUUCAGGGUGUGGCGACAACGAGAUCGAAGCCCCAGGUGUUGCGAAUAUGUAUGGGUUGCGCCUGGACCCUAGUCCUUUUUAG